GGCAAAGUUGAAUAGAGAGACAAGAAUCAAUAAAAAGAAUAAUAGACUCCCCACAGAUAUAAAACCAACUUUCCCUCCCACUUUAACAGCAAAUGAUCUCAUCAAAAAUGCCAUUAAAUCCAACAAACCUAACAAAAGUAGAGCAAUAACAUUUCCAAACGCUUUUAUCGCGUAUAGGAUGGCAUUAACCAAUGAAUAUCAUAAUAAGAACAUUACCUUACCCUCGGUGGUUGAUCUUUCUAAAAUUGCAAAAAAUUAUUGGGAGAAAGAAUCAAAAGAUGUCAAAGAAUUUUACAAUAAGCUAGCUGAAGAUGCCAAAUCUUUAUAUAAUCAAAACAACGUUCAAAUUAUAUGA